AUGGGAGAUCUUAUGAAAAGACAAUUCAGCAUCCUAGAUUUAUCUGGAAAGAAAUUUUUGGAAAGGAAAGUGGAUGCCAUGAUGAAUUUAAAAGCUCAAGGGUUGGAGCACACUGUUAAAGAUAAUAAAAGUCCCUCUGGUCAAACAAUUGAUACUACCACUUCUACAAUGAUGGUUGAAAAACCUGUUACUGAACAAGAAAAGGCAAAAGUCUUAGUGUUACUAAGGCAUCAUUUACAUGAAGACCUUAAAACUAAGUACAUGAUGGAUUUCAAAUCCGUAAUUGAUUACAGUUCAACCAUGCAUGAGAUAGUAUCUAUAUUGAGAUACUGUGAUCAUUCAGUCAUCGAUGAACAGAUGAUUGAAAAAACACUCACUACCUUUCAUGCAAGCAACAUACUGUUGCAAGAACAAUAUCGUGAAAGAGGUUUUAAAAAGUUUAAUAAAUUAAUGAGUGUAUUGCUUGUUGCGGAACAAAAUAGUGAUCUUUUGUUGAAAAAUCAUAAUCUUAGACCAACUAGGUCUUUGGCCACUCAUCAUGAGGCAAAUGCAACAAGUUCUUAUCCACCCGAGACAAAUGCUACACGAAGAGGUGGACGUGGAAAUUACAAUGGCCGUGGAAAUUAUCGCGGACGAGGCCAAGGAAAGGAAAAGACACAUGUUACAGAUGUGUCAUGA